CUUCCGGGCGCCGCCUGACUUCCGGCUCCUGCGGCGCCGCCGCCCGGCCCGGCCCGGCCCCUGGGGGAACGGAGGACGAGCUGGUCGCGCGCCGGGCGUCGCCGGGCAUGGCCGCUGCCGGGAAGGGCGCCCCGCGGGCCCCGCCGCCGCGCCUGCUGCUGCCCCUGCUGCUGCCGCUGCUGCUGCUGCUGCCGGCGGCGUCCCGCGCGGGCGCCUCGGAGGAGGAGGAGGAGGAGGUCCCGGCCGAGUGGGUGCUGCUGCACGUGGUGCAGGGGCAGGUGGGCGCGGGCAACUACAGCUACUUGCGGCUCAACCACGAGGGCCGCAUCGUGCUGGCCAUGCGCAGCCUCCGCGGCGACGCCGACCUGUACGUGUCGGACCGCACCCUGCACCCCAGCUUCGACGACUACGAGCUGCAGGCCGUCACCUGCGGCCGCGACGUGGUGGCCGUCCCCGCGCACUUCCAGCGGCCCGUGGGCAUCGGCGUGUACGGGCACCCGUCGCACCGGGACAGCGAGUUCGAGAUGAAGGUGUAUUUCGACCGCACGGUCCAGCGGCACCCGUUCGGGGACCCCGCGUACUCGGACGGCGCGGAGGCGGGGCACACGCACGCCUACGAGCCGGAGGGCGCGUCGCGGGAGGAGGAGUCGCUGCUCUGGACCAUCCUCCUGGGCGUCCUGAAGCUGCUCCUGGAGAUCCUGUUCUGACGGCGCGGGGCCCCGUCGCGUCGUCUGUGACCGUGACGGCCGGGAACUCCGUCCCAAAUAAAGCCAUACAGCGUGUUACCUCGGCGACCCCACACGCAGGAGAAGCCGCAAGCCCGGUGCUUGCUUUCCUUAAAGCUCAGAAUUCCUGUAAGAGUCGUGUGCGCAGCAAAUGCCUCCGCUCCCCGCACCAGCCGUCAGGUGGCGGCGCAGGAAGGCGCGGGGGCAGGUGCACGUAGAAGAAACCGCAGCAGCAGCCCCGUCAGAGCAGAGUAAGAGCGCGACGGCGUGAUGUCACUCGUGAGUCUCAAGUUCAGUGUGCGCCAGUCCGCACCCUUGGCAGGAGGGACUGCGGUCCACACCCGCCCGGGAGGGAGGGCCCGCCUGCCCAGCAGGUGUUCCUGGCUUUUUAAAAAUGUUUUUAUUGAUUUCAGAGAGGAAAGAAGAGGGAGAGACAGAAACAUCAAUGAUGAGGGAAUCAUUGAUCGGCUGUCUCCUGCACAUUGGACCGAGCCCGCAACCCAGGCAUGUGCCCCUGACCAGUCUCGAACCUGGGACCCUUCCGUCCGCAGGCCGGCGCUCCAUCCGCUGAGCCACACCAGCUAGGGCAGGUGUUCCUGGCGGUAAGGACAUUCUCACCCAGCUGCUCCCCAUCCCAGCUCUCCGCCUGCCUACUGUGAGUCUCCCAUUACUAAAUCAUGUCGUGGUCCCCGUGGUAGGCCAGAAACAAUGAAGAUUAGGAAAACUGCCUAAAAAUAAUCGCAGCUUCCAGGCUAAUGGAGGAAUAAUUGUUUCAAAUGAAAUUGCCUAAGACUUCCCUCUGAAUUUCCAAAGAAGCCACGAUACUAAGAGAGAAACCACCUUUUGGAAGAUGAACUGUUUCUCUACCUGAAACUGGUUCCCAGGGUACGAGCAGCUUUUAACAGAAAUGAGUCAACUUGCAGAUUCUAAGCACAGAGUUCAUUUCAAAAAUCUUUUAUUGGCAUAAAAAUGAGAACUGGAAAUAAGUUGGCACCAAAUAAUUCACUUAAAUGCAUAUUACAGUAUUGGGGUCAAGAAACUAUUUUAUCCCUCUUUGCUGUUUUUCCCCCUUCUGCCCACUUUCCUGGGUGUUGGGGGAGCUCGCUGACAACAGUCACAAAUCCAGCGACCUAGGAGAAAAAUUGUUAGUUACUAGAGAAUGAAAUGUAAUUUUUUUAGGACUGAAUUGUAAACCCAUUGAGCUCUCCUUCCUUGCUAUCACUAAUGCUGCUCCUCUGGGUUUGUGGGAGGAAGGGCACUACUGCGCACCUUAAUUUAAGGAGAAAAGUGUGAACUCGGAAGAUAAUCGGUGUCAUCGAUGCCAAGUGACAGGUGGGGCGUGGGCAGAGCAGUGCUGUGGACCUUUCUGAAACCCAGCACCACGGGCUCAGGAAGUUCAGCCAUUGGUACCCUAACAUACCCUGUUACGUCUCGCCCAUUUCAGCCCUUUCGCUGCUGCUCACUGGCAGCUGUGUCUCAGCAGCCUUGUCCUGGUGGGCGAGGCGGACACAGCUUUAAAGGGACCGAGUGUCUGACAGCACGGGGAUCAGCUGCCCUCAGUGCUUGUCUGAAUGACUGCAGGACUUCAGGUAGUUACCUAAUUGCUUGUUUCUUAGUGAUUCCCAGGAAGCGCAGUUCUGGCCUUCUUUCUUACAGCGUCACACACAUGUCAACUAUGCAAGUGAGGUCUGACAUUGCACAAUUACGUGUGCAAUGUUUCAGUCCAGAUACUGUGAUAUAUCCUUCAAUUUUGUGUUCCUUCUAAAGUUACCUGGGUUGUUAUGCUGCCUCAAUUGAUAGAAAUCUGGACCAAUAUGUCCAAAGGCAUAGGAAUCAUUUUGUUAACUGUGUCCAAGACAUAUGAAAAUAAAAUCAAGGCUUUGAAAAAAAA